UACAGCUCUCCAGAAGCUCAGGCAAGAAAAAGACGGUCGGAAAGCUGACGUAGACGCCAAGGACAAGAUCAUUGUCGAGUUGAAUGGUCUCCUUGAAACUAUGAAAGACGACAACCCUAAAAGCGUCCAAACGAUUGCGGAUCUUCGAGAAGACAUUCAAAUUCUUACGGAAGAGCGAGAUUCUGCCCGUAGAUCGACACAACAGGCCAGGACCGCCGCUGGCGCUGAUAUGAAGUCGGCAAUGGAGGGCUUUAACAAGCUUAUUGACGAAAAAGAGCAGCCCCGGAGGACUUUGUCGAAGGGGAAAUCGGAUCUGGUUGAGCAAAACGAAACCGCACAAGCUAGAGUCUCUGACCUCGAGGAGAGGAUCCGGGAACUUGAGAAGAAAAGAGCCGACGCGAUUACCAGCCUGACUGCCGAGAAGAAUAGGCUUGCGUUUGAGAAAGACGAAAUUGCCGCUGAGCUUAUUGCUAAGCUCGACGCUGAAAUACGCCAUCUGACUGCGGAGAAAGAGAAGCUUACCUCUGAGAAAGACGCGAUCGCGGCGGAGCUCAAUCAAACACGUUCCGAGCUUGAGGAAGAUGCCGCCAAGAUCGCUGGAUUUGAAACUGAGGUCCACAGCCUAACUGCUGACAACGAGAAACUUGUCUUUGAGAGAGAUGACCUUGCAACGAAACUUACCCAAGCUCGUGCUGACCAUGAGGAAAAGGUGGCGGAACUCUCUAAGAAAGCUCAGCAGUGGCAUCAAGCCUACCAGACUGUAGCCAGGGAGAGUCGGGAACUCGAUAAGGAGAAGGAGGGACCACAGUCCACCACCACGGACUUGCAAGCUAAGAACGCUGAACUCAAGAUCCAGAUCAAUAGCCUAACUGCCGACAAGAAUGAGCUCACUCCCGAGAAAGACGACACCGUUAGAGCAGUUACUCAAGAACGUCACGACCUUACUGUAAGGGUAGACGAGCUGCUCAAGAUAGAGCAGGAGUUGGUUAACGCAAAUGAGACUCUCACAAUGGAGCUGCAAAGACUCGAGUCCGAGGGCCAGAGAAAUCACACUACCGCUGGAAACCCGGAGGCCAACGCUUCAUCUCGGGUCAUGGUACAGACCAAAGUGCACGAGGCUAGAGAUAUCCUCAAAGAAGUGGACGGUCUGCGAGCUGUUGAAAGAAGCUAUCAUAGGAUUCCAAGAUUGGCACAAUCCUACGAUCGGGACAGACGCCUGCCUGAAUUUACGACUGAACAUGCCUGGUAUCUCGAGCACAUACUCCAGAACACAAUCACAGAAUUGGUUGAGUGUCUGCAGGACGAGGCUCUGGCUGCUACCUUGGGCGCCGAGCUCACCGAAGAUCUCAGCAAGCUUAUUGAGGAUCUUGGCCGCACUUUGGGGGCGGCGAUAGACGACAUCGCCUCUUGGUAUCGUGAACGUCUAGCGCGGAACAAGGCCAAGAACAUGAAUGGAAAUAUCUCGCGGGAGGCCUGGCAGGAGAUGGUUCAAGACAUGAAGGCUGAGAAGGAAAAAUUCGUUCAAGUAUAUUGCGUUCCCAAUGAGGGCACCAAUGUUCUCGACAGAAUUUCCAUAAAGCCACCGCCUCACCCCAUGAAUCCCAAUGAUGCUAAUAAGGACGCUGUCGACUGGGAAAGAGUUCCCACCAAGGAGGCUAUACUGAAAGAGAUUGAUAUGAACCCUAAUGGACUGAUGCACUUCAGUGAGCUUUUGGAGAAGUUCGGUAUUGAACCCAACACUCCCGAAGCUUUCGCUAUCAAUGAUAGGGCGAAGGAGGUGGCAACACGAUGGCGUAAUGGUGUAGCAUUCGGCCGACACAUGCGGGGGGCAUACUUCAUUCUUAAGGAUGACCAUAAAGAUGCUGAAAAAGACAAUGAAGAGCCUGGGAAGGGUGACGAAGAUGUGAAAAAGGACCAAUAA